UCCCGUGUCUUCUUCUUUCUUUCCUCUUUUUCUCCAUCAGUGAGGUUGUUUUCAAAGAACAGUAAAAUCUGCUGAUAAAAAAUCUUUUAAAAAAAUAAAAUAAAAACAUUCAGCUGCACAAAUUCUAAGAACCAAAAACACACAUACGUCCCUCUCCUUACUAAAACUACAUCUCCACUCACUCUCUCUCUAUUUAUCUAUCUAUCUUUCUUUCUCUCACAGCUCUUUCUUCUUCAUCUCUCGUGACUUUGCAAAGAAGGAAGAAUAAAUAAAAACCCUAGAGAGGAAGAAAGGGAGAUUCCAUGGAUUCGAUCACCGAAUUGGACAGCACAUCGAACUCGGAGAACGGUUUGGUGAUCGGGUCGGGAAUCGGAGCGGCCAUUAACGCUGGGAAUACUAAUUUAUCGGCGACAUCUUCUUCUUCGUCGUCGUCGUCAUCUUCCACGGCUGCAACGAGCAGCAGCAGCCGGUAUGAGAACCAGAAGCGGCGUGACUGGAACACGUUCGGGCAGUCCCUGAAGAACCCCCGGCCGCCGCUGUCGCUUUCGCGCUGCAGCGGCGCUCACGUGCUGGAAUUUCUUCGCUAUCUCGACCAGUUCGGAAAGACUAAGGUACACACCCCAAUCUGCCCCUUCUACGGGCAUCCCAACCCCCCGGCCCCCUGCCCCUGCCCCCUCCGGCAGGCCUGGGGCAGCCUCGACGCCCUCAUCGGCCGCCUCCGGGCAGCCUUCGAGGAGAACGGAGGGAAGCCGGAGGCCAACCCCUUCGGAGCCCGGGCUGUAAGGCUUUAUCUCCGUGAGGUUCGUGAUUUGCAGUCCAAGGCUAGAGGGAUCAGCUACGACAAGAAAAAGCGGAAGCGACCUCCGCCGCUUCCACCGCAGAAUCACCAGCAGCAGCAGUUGCCGGGGCCCCCCCCCCGCCGCCGCAGAUGCUGCAUCAUCAUCAUCUCCACCACCCGCCUCCAGGUGCAAGUCAUCAUCAAUAAGAUCUUCGUGAUACCAUCAUCUUCAUCAUCACAUCAUGUUAUGAAAUGCAAUCUCUACUCUUCUACUACUCAAGGGCUUGCUAGCUAUAGUUUGUUUUUAGAGAUGUUACUUAUGUUUGUGCUAGCUAGUUAG